AUGGCUGCAGACUUCCCUCACUCUCUCGACUUGAGAGAACUUCCUCGGGCUCGGCCUUCAGCGCGUCGCACGCCGCGACUCUCUGGCCGUUGGGCGGCCGCGUGUCGCCUGCCUCGAGUUGAAGUUGUCAGCGCCUCUGCUUCUGUCGGCUCUGGGGUGAAUCCUUUCGCCUUCAAUCCAGGCGUUUCUCCGCCCAAUCCGUUUCUGUCUGUGAUCGCUGCUGGGGUAAAUGGAGACGCACUCUCCGCAGAGGCGGCGACAGCUGCCCCUUUCCUCGCUGUCCCGGGAGGCCAGCGUCGCACCACUUCCUCGGUUUCGACCCCGUCGUCGCCCAGGUUCCUACAGCCAGACCGCGCCACAGACAGUGCUCAUGAUGCUGGAAAAUUUCCAGGCGAUUCUGUCUCAGGUGUCAUCGCUGGCCCUGCCAAGAGACGCCGCAGCGUCCACGUGGACGGAAGUGUACAGGCUUCCGGCAGCACUGGAAGCACGUUUUCCGGCUUCCGGAGUGCGUCGUUGCGCGGGGCGGAAGCCUUUGAUUUCUCGGCUCUCGCGUCAGCGGACUUUCCUUCCUCUCUCACUUCUGUUUCGCGGACUCAUCAGGAAAAAAAUGCCUUUUCGGAGGUGCCGGGUGACGUGGGAAGCUCGGCCGCGGGCCCGAGUGAGAAGCUCUCCGCUGGACAGGGCGGUGGCAACUAUCAGACCUUCUCUGUGGUUGUUUCCUCGUCCACAGAGGAACCGAAGAAACCACCAGUGUACAUCGACAGCGGCUGUUACUCACUGUGCUACCACACGUCGAUGACCAUGCCUCCUCCGGCACUCUCCCUGGGUUCGCUGCCGACGCCUGUUUUGGACAAGGACCGCGAGGCGCGACGAAGAAGGAAAGCGUGCAUGUCGGUCCUCCGCUCUGUCCAGUCUUCUCUGGGCUCCACUCCAGAAAGCUCCCCGAGUCUGCGUCCUCUGCCGGACCCGCAGGGUGAAGCGGUGUCGGCCUUCUCGACUCCGCCAGUGGCUCUGCCCUCGCCGCCGCCUGCAGUCCGGCAGCCUUUCUUCCCCUCUGCCUUCCAGACGGCUUCGGGCGUCUCUUCGUCCCUGUGCCCGAGCUGGAGUUCGCAUGCACGGCGCUGCAGCGUGGCGUCGACCUCCUCGCACCGCAGCAGCCACGCCGAUGAGCCGGUCGCGAACAAAGGAGACAGAGAGCGAGCCCUCUGGCCGUCGCUCUGCCAUCCGGGGGCCGGCGACAGCGACGCGUCUUCUUCUCCAGAGUCCCCCGCGUCGCCAACAACGUUUUCACCGCAGCAACUUCGCUUGCGCCCCGACUGGUUCUCUCCCUGUACUCUUGGGACGUUGAUCGGGGCCUGCGUGCAUGCGUACGAUGAACUUCGUGCUGCCUUUCCACCCCCAGAACCCGCGCCUCGCGUCUGCCUCCUCUCGCUACCCGCCCUGUACGCACAGCUGCCGCCCCACUUAAAGACUGGCGCCGUUCUUCUGGACGCCGAGGCCCUGGCGCUCGGCUCUUCCUCGGCCUUCUUCCCCAUUGAGUGUUCCCAGUGUGUAGUCGGAGAGGGGAAGCGUGGCGCAGCGGGUCCAGAGGCCGAGGAGACAGAAGUGAACGACGGGAUGACUGACAUGUCUUCGCAGGACGCCGGGGACAAGCGGCCGGAACUACCGGCGCAUCUGCACGGCCAAUUCGACAUCAUUGUCUGCGAUACGAAAACAGUCACGGUGGCGGCUCUGGAGAACACGGCCGCAUGCAUACGAGCCCUCUGUCGUCGCCGGACUCCAAAGACCUUAAGUUUAGGGCCGCAAGAGAGCAACAGCGUGGACGCCGCAGCCGAAGCACUCAGUGGGUUGUCUCUACACGGCCGAGGCGCGGCAGCGGCUGCGCCUUGCAGAGGAUCUUCCGUGUUGCCCCCCUUUUGCCGAGUUCUCAUGAUUUCCACUUGCCUGCUGUCGCCAGUGGUGGACGACCUUCUGGGUUUGCACCAGUCGCCUUUUCAGCCGUACGUACCCUCCUCCGCACUCUCGUCGCUUCAGCUCCAGUGCAUCUACAGCAACUUCUCGACGUUUCCUGGCCUUCAGAAACACAACACGGUGGAUUUUUCAACUCGUGUGCGAGUCAAGUCGACAGCAUCUCGUCCGCAAAACGACUCCGGGGCUUUUUCAGGUAGCGCGUUUGCCGUCGAACCGACCUCUGGGAGACAGGAAUCUCUCGAAGGAAGCCACGGGUCGAUUCUGUGCGGUGACGCCAUGGUUGCGCGGGCUCUCGUGCUUCAGUCGGAGGAAGAGCAGCGGUCGUCGUGCCGCGCCCAGGAAAGCGGGACGGCGGAUCUUUGCUCGGACAGCCCGUCGGAACAUUCCGCAGAGAUACAGGAGUCGGAGAGACAAGAAGCACGACUGCUGUCCGAAUUCAACAGGCUCCAGCUUCACGGCUGUCCCGUGGCGCAGGCGAGUGCCGCUGACCGACAGUGCGGUUCUUCCAGUUUCCUGUCGCUCCAGAGUGUGCAACCUGGGAGUUCGGUUGUGUCGGCAGAGCCACCAGGUCCUGGACGCAGCAAAGCGUGUCGCGGAAUCACGAUGCGUUCGGCCGAUGACCCGACUGACGACGGCAUUGAUUACGAGCUAGAAUGCGGGAGUCACUUUGGAAUGGUAGCCCACGAGCUUUAGGUGACCCUUAUGUCCGUAGUGAAUCAGCACACAACAGCAUUGGUGCCAGCAGUGUUCGUGUCAGUCAAAUAACGCGCGCAAGGAACACUGCUCAGGACAUACCGUGUCAAUUUCAUUUGCGCCCUGCGGGUUAGGACAGCUGCCAGGAGCACUGGGGAACGCCACCGGGUGCGGAGACUCAGGAAAGAUAGCAACAUUUUUUGCCCCCUGCUGAAACAGGAGGGACGCCGAAUUUAGACCGAAUACAAAGUCGGGAUUUUCUUAAUUAGGGGAGCAAUACCACUACGGGUCGCUUCCAAGUGAGACAUGGAGUGUCACAGGUCUUGCGCGGGUGUAAAAGUAGAAGCUGGUGUACGAUUUAGUUUUUCGCAUGUUAGCGACGUAGCAAAGGAUUCACGGUCCGUCCGUUUUUUUUAACAGAAAGACAAUGCGUG